CUUGAGAGGAGGAGCGGCAGUGUGAAAGAGAGCACGCUUCAUUAUGACUACAUGUGGCUGGAGCAGACGGCUGGGGAGAGAGAGCGAGAGCGGAGCGCCGCCACAUACAGCGUGUCUGGAUCAGAUGAGCGGGGGUCACCCAGGAUUCCCUUGAAACUGCUCUCCGCGGGGAAACAAAUAGGAUUAGAUGACGAAGAUUUCAUUCCAGCCUCGUUUACUGGGGUAAAAUCAAGGCUAUCGCUUCCUCUGCUGCUGCUCCAUCUGCUUUUACAGAAGCGCACACUCUGUCAUCGAAUUUUUUUUUUUUUUUUUUUUGCUUUUUCAUUUCUCGUCUUUUGUCAAGAUGCCGAAAUGGGGGGAGAAAAGUGAACUAGAUUCUGCCAGGAACAGACCGAAAGAGAACAAGAUGCGAAAUAGGAACCAGUAAGACCCAUGGCUGGAUUCAUUUUGUAGCGAUUUUCAUUUCCCAGUUUUAUUAUUGUUUGCUUAAACUCCAAGGAGAGGAAAAAAAUAAAUAAAUGCAUUCCGUUCUAUUUUGUUAUAUUGGAUUUAUUUAGAUUACCAUCUGGUCGGUCGACGCAAGAACACAGAGCUGAGCUCAACAGGCUGCGUGGUAAAAGUUUUACGUGCCAUUUCUGUCAAGCCGUCUUUGUUUUAUAGUUGGCUUUCAGAAAGCUGAUGCCAGGCUAUGCAUUGAACCCAAAGGCCAAUUCACAGUCUGCCUUUUGGAUACACGCCCCGAUUUUCGCUGUUAUUAUCCAACACAAAAACGUGCCGUGAAGGUGAACUUUACGCAGCGUGAUUUUCCCCAAUCGUCACCUGCUUGAUAUUUUCCCGAAAAUAUCAGGGACUGUAGCCGACGGUGUGUCAAAACUCCGGAGAGCGAGGCUCUAUGAAGAUCUCGACACGGUUGUUGCUUUCCCCUCGCAGAAAUGCCAGUGCGCGCCGUGACCACCAGGUUCAUGUACAAGGGGCUUUGCACUAUCCCAGAUGUCCUCUCUUACCGGACCCCAGUUCACCUGCCCGAGGACGAGGUGGAAGAGAUUCGGGAGGCUUUCAAGGUAUUUGACAGAGAUGGGAACGGCUUUAUCUCAAAGCAGGAGUUGGGAAUGGCCAUGCGCUCGCUGGGCUACAUGCCGAAUGAGGUGGAGCUGGAGGUUAUCAUCCAAAGACUUGACAUGGAUGGUGACGGCCAGGUUGGCUUUGAGGAAUUUGUCACGUUGCUUGGUCCUAAGCUCUCUGCUGCUGGAAUGCCUGAUAAGUUCCACGGCGCAGACUUUGACUCCGUGUUUUGGAAGUGCGACAUGCAAAAACUGACAGUAGAUGAGCUGAAAAGACUCCUGUACGACACUUUCCGUGACCAUCUCACCAUGAAAGACAUUGAGAACAUCAUCAUGACUGAGGAAAACCACCUGAACAGUCCAGAGUCUCACGUAGACAUUGACACAAGCCCAACGCAGCAGGAAAAACACACAUGUGUGCGUAAAAGCCUGAUUUGUGCCUUCGCGAUCGCAUUCAUCAUCAGCGUCAUGCUCAUUGCAGCAAAUCAAAUGCUCCGCAGAGGAAUGAAGUAAAUUAAUGUUGCCAGCAGGACAAAAAGGGAUCCUAUGUUGGGGAAAAAGAAAACCAUUAACCAAAAAAUGCUCUCAUUUUCUGUUUUACAUCAUAGUUGAAAUGAUGCUUUCACAGCCUUUCUCUACAGCAGUAAGGAUCAAAUGAUGUCACACAGUGGUUGUAAAAGACCGCUUCUCACAGCUUACCAAGAUGAAAACGAGAAAUGAACUACAAGGGCUGAUUAGUGUUACCAACAUGUUUGGAAAAGAAAUUAGAGCAGAAAUCAGAAUGUAACUUUAAUACUCUAGAGCUCAAGAGCACAACAUGUGCUGAAGAGUAGCUGUGGUGCAUAAAAUCCUUCAGUUCUGUAGUGAAGCAUCUGUCCAUCUGGAAUGCACCAAAUAACCAAGUACCAAUGAUAGUAAUAAAGCAAUAAUAAUGUGAACCACAUAUUGUUUCAUUUUAGGUUACAGUAAACCCAGAUUCCACUCCACAUUUAUUGGCACCACUGGUUUUAUAUUUUUGUAUAUUUUUGUCUUACAAAUCUAGGUAUCUAGGUAGAUUUAAUUUCCACCACUCUAAAUAUGACUUCAUACACAGGUAUAAAGCUUACCAAGAUACACGUAAUCCUUAGUACUGGAAAAAUGGGAAAACAUGCCAUUUAAGUUAGAAAGAUGUGUUUUUUAGGUUAGAUAAUGGCUUUUUAGUCUGCAAUACCAAAUCACAAGGUUAUAGGAUAUUUAUGAUAUUUGUGUAAUCUCUCCAGACCUUCUGGAUGUUGUGGUUUCUUCAUGUGCUCUAUUCAAUUCAGGUCAGCCGACAGGUUUUCUAGGCUUUACAGUAAAUCUGGACACUGAGAUUAUGGUUGGUUUAAUGUCUGGUGAACCACUUUCACAUCUAUUUAGGGAUGAUUUUUCACUACUAUCUUCCUGAAAUUCAGAUUUUUAUUUAAAACAAUCCAGUAUUUCAAACAGGUUGCCAUGCCAUGAACCUUAUUUGUCAGAAUUCCAGUUGUUUAAAGCAUUUUGGUUGCUAAGUUUUUUUUUUCUACCAACUAUUUUCUUACUUAUAAAACACAUCUGCUUGAAUGGCAUGUCUUCUUCUACUUCCUAUUUUGACAAAUGAGUUUGUUACUUAUACUCCAAAGAAUAUAAGGUUAUCAGAUAUUCUGAUCAAUUGAAUAAGGAUAAAUUAGUAAAUGAUUUCAUCAGAUUUAUUUGUGGGAACUGUCAGAGGUGUGGCAAUUGGUGCAGCAAGUACCUGUAAAUUUGAGAUAUUAUUCCCACCAGGGAAUAAAUAAAAUAAAAAGCUACAUUUUUAUAAGAUUUUCAGUGUUAGAUUAUGAUAUUACAAACAAAUAUAUAUUUACUUUAAGGCCUUUCACACCUCUUGAACUGGGUUGCCAGUAGGUUUUGAGGGUACUGCUAAAACUUCACAUCCCAGAAAAGUGUUGAUCUCUUAUCCAUCGCACAAAUCAAGAGAUUUUAUGCUCACAACCUGCCUUCAAUUCAUUCAAAUCCCAGUUUGCACAUUUCAAAUCUGUGCAUUUAUACCACACUUUCAAAAUGAGCAUCAGCAAAGACAAUUUAGCCGCAGAGUGACCCAUUUAGAAUAAAUAGAACCGUGUUUAGAACAUGUAUUACCUGUAAUAUUUAUAGCAAAUGAAUAUGAUGUAUUCUAUGCGGCACACUUGCAUGUCAAGAAAUAAAUGUGUGUUGUACGUGGGUGGUAUAGAUCUUUGAGGUAUAUGUUCAAAUACUUAUGCAAUUUGUUAAGUGAUAAU